AUGUUCAACUUCAAUAGAACCCUAAUCUAUCUCAAGGGACUAACACCACUAUCGCCAAACCCUAAUCCUCUUCUCCACCACUGUCCAUCACUAUUUUCUCUCCAUUUCUACACCGACACUUUAGAUUCAACCUCAUUUAUUGCCUCCUACCUCAUCCACAAUUUCAGUUUCUCCCUACAAUUUGCAUCCAAAUUUUGCUCCACCCACCGUCUCCGAUUCAAAAUCACCCAAAAACUUGACUAUGUUCUCAACUUCUUCAAAAAUCACAAUUUCUCAGACUCCCAACUUUGCAAUAUGAUUGCCAAGGAAGCUGUUAAGAUCUUUCAGAAAUUGGAUCAGAGAAGUGUUAAAUCAUAUGAUGCUUUGUCUAAAGUGAUUUUGAGGAGGGGAAGGUACAUGAUGACAAAUAGGAUUUACAAUGAGAUGUUGAGGGAAGGUAUUGAACCUACUAGACAUACUUAUAAUAUUCUUCUUUGGGUUGACGAGGAUGAGAGUUUGUUUGUUGAAAUGAAAGAGAAGAAUAUUAUACUCAAGAAUUGUAUACUCCCAAUAAAUACAUCAUGUUUUGCAGCAGUAUAUGGUAAAUUAGUAAUGUUGUCGAUGUCUUGUGGAUGUUGA